GAUACAAAAUAAGAAAUUAAUACUUAAUAUUACCUAUAAAGAAACAAAGGGAAAUAACACACAAGAAAAAGAAGGAGUUAAAAAUAAUGGUAAAAGAGAGCUAUUCUGAUGCGAGUAGUUUUCCGAUGGGUCAAGGCAGCACAAAUUGUUCUGUUGGCUUGGCAUCGAAUAAAUUUUCAUUUGAAAAUGAAAUAUCGACACUCCUUGAAUUGUUUCACAGGCAAAUUACCCUAGAUAAAACUUCAAAAAAUGAGAAAACACAUAAACAAAAUUCUUCUGAGCGAUCAAUGGAGUCCUCCUCAAAUAAUUUUGAUCUCGAUUAUAUUAUAAAUAAACAAGUCAGCUCCUUUGCUAUUCCAUCCUUUUCGGUUACAUCUUUAACAAUCGUUUGGGUCGUUAACCUCCUUGUCUGCUUGUUAUGUUUUAUCCUGGCUGAAAUUUAUCAAGAAUACCUGGACCCAUUUCCGCUAAUUUUACUUGUUAUCUUGGGUUGUCAUCUUAUCACAAUGAAUAACUUUUUCCCAUAUGUGUUGGGUCGCUAUCGGUACGGUUCCCACCACUAUCAACUCUACCAACCUUUCAAGGGAGGUCACAAGUUCAUAAUUCUCCAGUUUUUCGGCAUUUUCUGUGUAUUAUUUUCUCUGUCAGUCGCGUUUUUCCACACCCUCUUCCUCUUAUCCUUAUCUUCGCACAAAAAUGUGCAUCACGGGCUCUAUACAAUAGUAAUUGUAUUCGGUAUCGCUGGCAACAUCCUUCUUUACCGCUCGCUUCAUUAUUUCCAACCGCAUAAGAAACGAAACGUGUCGACGCACAGUGACACCAACGACGCAAAUCCCAUCUUCAAUGAAACUUUCCCCACACCGGAAAGCUUUUUAGAGAUACUAUACACCGGCCCCAACCGUGAGUCUGGGUUAGUGGUAAUAUUUGUCAUCGCUCAAUAUUUUGUGAGUGUUUUGGUUGUGUUUCUACCCGAUAUUGCGACUAUUGUCGGUGUUUGUUGUUUUCUUGCUCAGCUACUUAGUGGUGUUCUCAUUCAUUUUACCAUCGGCCGCGCACAUCGACCAGGUUAUGGCUUUGGAGCCUUGCGGCUUCGACGCGGCGCGGAUACCAUCGGGUUCUGGACAGCACGAGCCCUCUAUAUCGGCUCAUUAGCCACGAAUGUCGCUCUCCUGAUGAAUUCAACAAUAAUACAUAAAAUACCUUUUAUUUGUGUGUGUGUAGCAUCUCUUAAUGGGUUUAGUAGCAUUAUUUUCUUUUUUUUCGUGCGUACUGCUUCUUUUAGCGCUACUGGCGUCACACCAUCCGAAUCCAUCUUUCAUUUAUAUGGAACCGUGCUGAAUGUUGCAACUUAUCUGUUAGGGGCUUCUUAUGUCAUGCUAACAUUUUACAUAACGCUCUACGAGGCUGAGUUGAACAACUCGAAGGUAGGGCAAAACAUAAAGGAAAUUUUACAUUUCUGCUUGCAGUUGAUCCUUGCUUUCUCACUUUUUAUGGCUCCAAUUACUCAGGCCUGUGGGUGUGCCAUUCACAAUGUGGAUUUUGCUAUUCUCUGUAGUUUUCAAGUUAAGCCGGCGUUUCUAUCCAUUCAAUGGGGAAUUUGGCUCCUCUAUCUAUCGGAAUUCCUAGCUACCGCGUUGUUUCUUUUCACAGGCACCCAUUUUUUCGGUCUUAUUGCGUGCAUUAGCUCGGCGUUCACUGUCACUUGCAUUACUUACUCGGCACGCAUAUACAAUUCAGAGCCAGAUCGAUCACUCUGGGUCGAUAGCACUGAUUUGACCACCAAUUUGAAUGAUACAACUCAAGGCCACUGUGAUACUCAAAGUUAUUCCCUUGAUAACGCUUCUAAACAACAGAAAUUAGAAUCUGAUCUGGCAUUUGCUAAGCUGCGCUCUCUGUUUCUUAAUAGUGAAGAAUAUAGUCAAUACGAGGGCUUCAGGAGCCUUGAAUUGAGUUCCCUCUUUAAUACUGGAAUGAUUUAUGCGUAUAUAUGCGCCCUCACGUCCUUCAUGCUAUGCUUCGUUAUUGAUCUUUCAGAACGCUAUAUGUGUUUUGAUGCAGCCAUUCCGCGCUCAAAGGUACUUCUCCUUGGGUGUCUCUUUAUCGGUGUGAGUGUACCGCUUGCCAACUUUUCCGCACAGAACAAGGAUAUUCAAGUGCAUAACCCAUUAUCCGCUAACUCAAGGUAUGUAGUACUGUAUGUGCUAAGCUGGACUUUACACGUUUUCAAUAUCCUGGGAAAUCUUUUUUUAAUUAACCACUUCCAAAAGGAGGGCUACUCGAUGGCAUUGAUAUCUCACACCAUUCGGGGUUUGUUGCAGUUCAUUCCUCUUAUACUUAUUACCAUUUUCAUCGCUAUGAAACACAAAAACGAUCUUCAGAAUCGACAACACCGCUGGAUCAGUAUUCGAGCUUUGCAAACGUUGAAUUUGAUCUUCAGCAAAAUGCUAGCGAGAGUAGAAAGAAAAGAAGACAAGGAUACCUUACAAAUACUGUUUUCCGCCGUUGCAGAGCCAGUUUUGCAGAUGUUUGGAGGGUUGGACUCGCCCGAUAUGUUACACCUUUGUUUGCCCACGCAAAUGCGUUUCGGUAGUAAGGAGGAUGUCCAGGAAUCCCAAAAGGCACCUUUCCAGCCCUUUUUUGGUUGCACUAAAAAAACGCUACAACGCUCUUAG